AUGUCUACUCAUUUGUUUUUUGUUUUUGUUUUUUUCUCCCCACCUCCGACCACCACUCUUGCAAUGAUGAUAUAUUUUCUUCUCUCCUACUUUCUCCUCGUCAUCAAGUUUCAUGUUUCCGCUUUCUUCCUUCUGUCAGUUUUAUUUCCAACCUUACUCAUUUCUCUUUCUACUCCCCCUUUCUCUAUUUACUCUUAUCUUCAAUUUCUCCAUCCUCUCUCUACUCCUCGACCUCCAUUGAAUCCUCGUCUACCAUCAGCUGUUGUUUCAAACACCUUAUCACCUUUCUCUCUCUGUGUCUUCAUCGCUCUCCCUUCCACCCAUCCCAUUCCUCCUACUCCUUCUCACAUCCAUCCUACUCCUCCUACUCCUCACAUCACAUUUUAUCUCAAAUUCCCACAUUUCCCGCAUUCUUCUUUGCUGUCGUCUGUUUUUAUUUCCAACCUAACUUUUCUCCUCCUCCUCCUCCUCUACAUCAGCUGUUACUUCAAACAGCUUAUUUUCUAUAUCAUGUCUCCCUCUAUUACUCGCCCUACUCCCCAUUCCACAAUUUCUCCUUCUACACAUAACAGGUUUUAUCUCAGCUCUUCUCCUUUACCGCUUCCUGCCUUUCUAUCACCUGUUUUAUCUCACACCCCUCACUCUUGCUCCUUUACCAUGUGGCUUUUCCUUCUCCUCUUUCGAACCUCUCACUUCACUUUCCUUUCUUGCUCUAGUUUCCGAUCUCAUGUUCAUUUUUGCUCCGAUCAGGAAAAUAAUAUUUCCGGAAAAGUCAGAAAUAUGUUUUUUGCCAUUAUCUUCCUUAAGGCUGUUAAUCGCGUACGUUAG